GCGAGCGCUGGCAACAGAGAAAAGAGAAAAAGAUAGAGAUAGACCAAAGGAUCUCCGUUUGUGUCGUCUUCCUCUUCUUCUUCUUCCUCUUCUUCUUCUUCCUCUUCCAUCUCUUUGCUUCAAAAUGUCUGUCCGGUUCCGCCCAGACGCAGACGUCGCAGCAUUCGAUGACAAUGAGCAGUCGUCCGAGAAGUCUCAAGAUGUGAACCUCGACGAGAAGAAGGCGACCGAUACGUUGUCGCAGCAGGUCCAGUGGGUGCCCCCAGAAGAAUGGCUCGUACGUCUCAAGGAGGGCUACACAGGGCGACACGGCGGAGAGACGCUGCCCCCGGGGUCGGACCCAGACCGCGUGGCCGAGGCCAUCUUCACCAUGAACGAGGAGGACUCUGUCGAUUUUCUCAAGACCGUCCUCGUGAACCACCAGCACGACUACUCGUUCGACGUGAACCUGAUGCAGCGCUGCAGGGAGCUUGUCGAGGGCCACGGGGCCUGCGCCAUGGAACAGGGCGACUGGGCGUACGAGACGUGCAAGACAGCCGGUCUGAUUCACAACUGGUCGCCUUACACGGAGGUUCGCGCCGUGACUAUUCCGUAUGAUGACCCCAGCGAGCCCUGCGAGAGCUUCCGCGCAUACUUUCUGGGCAUGUUCUGGGUCUGUGUCUGCACGGCUGUCAACACUUUCUUCAACCCUCGACAGCCUGGCAUCUCCAUCCCUGGGUCGGUCGUUCAGCUCAUUCUCGUGCCCAUGGGCCGCGGCAUGGCCCUCUUCCUCCCAGACUGGGGCUUCCGGUUCCGUGGCACGCGGUACAGCCUCAACCCAGGCCCCUGGACGUCCAAAGAACAGCUCUUCGCCACCAUCAUCUUCAACGGCUCGAGCACCAUUGGCAACUUCACAGGCCUGCUGGUCAUGCGCCUCCCGGCCUUCUUCAACCAGCACUGGGUCAGCUUCGGCUUCGCCAUCGUGCUCGCCCUGGCCAACCAGGUUUUUGGCAUGGGCAUGGCGGGCAUCCUGCGCCGUCUCACCGUCUACCCCGUUGAGGCCAUCUGGCCCUCGGCCCUGCCCACCAUAGCGCUGAACAGGACCCUUAUCAACUACGAGAACAAGCGCGAGACGAUUAAUGGCUGGAAGAUGUCGCGGUACAUGUGCUUCCUGGCCGCUACCGGGUUUUUCAUUAUUUACUACUGGCUUCCCAACGAGGUGUUCCAGGCCCUGCGCAUGUUUAACUGGAUGACAUGGAUUGCUCCUAACAAUCUGAACCUGGCUGUUGUGACGGGUUCGUAUGGUGGGAUGGGUUUCAACCCAGUGUCGAGUUUUGAUCCGAACCUGUCUGGUUCAACAACGAUGAACUCGCCCUUUUUUGCCCAACUUCAACAAUAUGUGAUGCGCGUGAUCAGCGGCAUAGUAAUUCUCAUCAUGUACUACACAAACGUGUCCUGGGGUGCAUAUAUGCCCAUCAACUCCAACGACGCCUUCGACAACACCAUGACAGCCUACAACGUCAGCAAGGUCCUCAACGACGACAACGGGGUCAACAUUGACAACUACAAGGCCUACGGCCCUCCCUACUACGCCAUCGCCAACCUCUUCAUAACGGGCGGCAACUUUGUGUACUACACCUUCUCCAUCGUGUACGUCUUCAUCAAGUACUGGCAGCCGCUGAAGAAGGCCUUUGUGGGCAUGGUGGUCAACACCAUCAAGCGCCGCUCCAUCUACACAGGCUUUACCGACGGCCACACGCGCAUGAUGCGCCGGUACCCAGAGGUGCCCGAGUGGUGGUACGGCAUCGUCUUUGUGUUUGGCUUCAUCAUCUCCAUCGUGGCCUGCGUGGCCUGGCCGACGCAGACGCCCUGGUGGAGCAUCCUGGGUGUCACCGCCAUCGGCGCCCUGCUCACGAUCCCCUGGGUCAUCAUCGAGAGCAUCGCCUCCACGGGCAUCUCGCUCAACGUCAUCUGGCAGGUCCUGCCGGGCGUCUGGUUCCCCGGCCAGCCCAUGCCGCAGCUGGUCAUCCUCAUGCUGGGCGGUGCCUUUGAGCAGAUGGCGGGCGGCUUCACGACGGACCUCAAGUACGCCCACUACGCCAAGUUACCCCCCCGUGCCGUCUUCCGAGGCCACGUGGCGGCCACCUUUGUCAACUGCUUCAUCUACUGCGCCAUCCUCGAGGUCAUGCUCGUCUACUACAACUCGGACAACACCCUCUGCCAGUGGGACAACAAGGAGCACAUGGUGUGCACCUACGCCCAGUCCGUCUACGCGUCCACCAUCCUCUUCGGCGCCUUUGGCACAAACAACAUGUUCAAGCUGUACCCCAUCCUCCCCUGGUGCUUCCUCAUCGGCGCCGUCGUCGGCCUCGUCUGGGUCCUCGCCGAAAAGGUCCUCCCCCGCGUGCGCGAGCGCAUCCGCUCGUCCAUGAACGACGAAGGCCGCUUCGCCACCUUUGACCGCCACGUGUGGGGGCCCGUCGCCAGCGUGCUCGCCUGUCUGCACCCUGCCAUCGCCCUGUCGGGCGCCCUCAACUGGGCCGGCAACACAAACCUCACGUAUGCCACGCUGGGCAUCUACCUCGCCUGGGUGUUCCAGUUCUACCUCAAGCGCCGCUACACCGCCUGGUGGGGCAAAUAUGCGUACAUGGUCUUUGCCGGGCUCAAUGUCGGCGUGGCCAUCUCGGGCCUCAUCGUCACCCUUGUUUUUAGCUUUGGCGCCGGUAAAGAUGCGACCUUGAGCUGGUGGGGCAAUGAUGUGCUCAUGGAUGGCGUGGACUACCAGCUGUAUAAUAAUAAUGCUUCUCUCAAGGCAUUGCCGGCCUCGGGGCACUUUGGUCUGGAGCCGGACCAGUAUCCGCUGGACUGGUAGUUGAUGAAAUUCUGGGUGUCGGGGCUGAUGGAAUUGGCAAGGUUCUAGUACCGGUCUUCUUCUUAUAGCCUGUAGCCUUUGUUGUUUUCAGGCCAAGGAAGUCUGUCUGGUAAUGACUAGAACAUCAGGCCUUCAAUGUAUCCCAGCCACGCUCAAUCCAAGCCAAAUUAACCCUCGC